GUGAAUUGAGAUUCCAGCCAGCGUGGACUUUGCUUUCUUUGUGGAUAGAUCUAUACAAUGUGUUCGACAAAAUUCAUCUGAGAGCUCCUGAGAAAUUGCUGAUCAUUUCUUUGAUUUUUAACCGUAUUCCUACCAUGAAACUGAGAAGAAUCCUCGGUUCUCUUUCGAGUCUCGCUACUGAGAAGCUCUCUUCUUCAUCUUAUUUCUCCCGUUGCCCAUCUAGACAAAUUUUCACUGCGUGUUCAUCUUCUUCGCAACGAAACGCCGGAAAUAAGCUCUCAGAAGCGUUACCGGGGAAUCAGGUCAAAUGGGCUUCGCUUGGUUCAGUCAGAAACUCGAGAUUCGCAUCUGGGUUCACACCGUUGCAGCCGAAACCGUUGGAUUCGAUCAUGGAUUUGGAAAGAGCCAAGACUAAAUCGCCGGAGGAACUCACUUCGGUCUGGGACGAUUAUCACUUGGGACGAGGUCAUAUUGGGAUAACGAUGAAAGCUCAACUUUAUCGAUUGUUGGAGCAACGAGCAUCCGAGUGCCGAUACUUUGUCAUUCCAUUGUGGAGAGGAAAUGGUUACAUUACAAUGUUUGCUCAAGUUGAAGCGCCUCACAUGAUUUUCACUGGUCUUGAAGACUACAAAGCAAGGGGAACUCAAGCGGCUCCUUACUUGACUAGCACCUUCUAUACUGAGCUUUCAGAGACAAAGGAUUUGGUGCUUAUCCGAGGCGAUGUUGUGUUCACAAGCAAACUCACAGACGAGGAAGCUAAAUGGAUCAUGGAGACAGCUCAGUCGUUUUACUUGAACGACUCUCGGUACAAGCUGCUCGAGCGGUUCAAUAAACAUACUCAUGACUUUGAGUUCAAGGAUGUGUUACAAGCUCUGGAUAUGCCUAUUCUGUGAUUUCCUAAAUCAGGGAAAAAAACUCCUCUUAUUUUUUAGUUUUUGAGACACCUUUGUAUUAGAGUUGCUUUUGUAUGGUGAUUACUGAUUAGACUACUUCAUCACCAAACUAGUUUUGGUUGGAUACGUA